AGGUUGUGACUACUCCGACCUGACCGGCCACAUGUGGCAGUUAGUUGGCACACAGCACAAUCCUGCUCUCCAACGUGCGUGGUAGUCCGGCAAUAAACUUUCCGAUCUGUUGUUGACUUCGAGAAAAACGCAAGAGAAAAUAAUGGUGGCUCAGUACUUCAGGCGGAGAUGGAAGAUGAAAUGAAACCGAGCCACUGACUCAGCCGAACCAAUGCCCCAACAAAGGGCAAGUUAGUGGCAGCUAUGUAGAGAACUCGCGUAUGCAUUAGGGGGAGAUUGCUGCGUGUGCUGUGCUGUGAUGUUGAAGUCGACGGUUUCGCAUGCAUCCUGCGUUCAGCGAAUGCCCGCAAGCGCGCCGCACAAAGCCACCGAAAGUCGGCGAUGCUAUCCAGCCGGAACGCCCGAUCGGAGCUGGAUGGCUUUCAUCUUCCUCUCACUGACCAUUGCACUGGCCUCCAUGAAUGGACAUGGCCUACUGGCUUUCGAAGGAGCAGAUGCAGCGCAAGCCCGAAGUUCAACUCGGCCAGCGGAAGGCGUAGGGGACCGUCGCUUAUCCUACGUGGACCCUCAGGGGCGCAUUCAGAAACGCAUCCACGGCGAACUACCAGCUGCCAGAGUUACGGUAGAUAGCAGUGGCUGGAUUCCAAGGUCAUCAGAAAUCUGCAAAAAUGACAAGAUAUUAUUUGUGUGCAAGAACAAACCUGGAACCGCCACGGUGCACCAUUCCUCGUAUAGCUGGCUGUGGAUCAGUGAAGACUAUACAUCGACGUUUUCCUGGAGUAAUCAAAAUGUGCGACAAGGUAGCAUCCGUGGCUCAUGCCGCCAAUCAGCCGACGUUGUUAAGGUGUCCUCCUACAGUAAAUACACGCUGCGCUGCUUCAAUGGCAUAGUGUCGAAUGGCACGUUGGUGUGCCGGGUCAGGUCUGUCGUGGACGGAUACGGUACGUAUUGCGCAUAUUCCAGUGUCGGCGUGCAACACCUCAACCCACGCCUUAACCAUAUAAAAUUCUCUUCUGGAGAGAGAACAGCACUGAUCGGUGGCCUGGCCUUCAUGUUCACAACCCCAAGCCGAUUCGAAGUCCAACAUCUAGGAAGCAACUCCCGGCACUUUCAUGUCGACAUCAAAUGCCUGGCGUAUUCUGAAGAGAACACAUUCUGGUCGUACCUGGCUGCCGGCCGUGAAGGCAAGCCUAGAGAAGGCCUUCUUGGUAUGGGAAACAGCUACAGAAUAUCUCACUUUGAUAACAGUCUACACAGUGGGCGUUACACAUGUUCCAGUGUGAGUCUAUCGGAUCAUGGAACUGCGGUGAAUGAGUCCUUUUCAACAUACUUGACAGCACCAGGUCAUGCUGUUGUUCGCUUCACACCCAAUAUUGUCAUCACUCCUUCUACUGAUAUGCUAACGUACACUGGCCAGGAAGUCACAGUGAAAUGCUAUUCUCCUAAUACACGUGUGCAGCUAUCCUGGGCCAAUGUGAGCAUGUUGAAUGCUAGCAUGUACACAGAGAAAGUGACACAUGGCUCCAAUGUUGCCACUACGGCCAUCGGCAUUCGCAUCCGUAACGUGCAGUCGGAUUUGCGAUUCAGGUGUCGCUCACGCAUGGCAGGAAUCCACCGGAGUGCAGUGGCAGUUCACAUACGAGUGAAAAGGACCCGGGAACUUCCCAAAAUAACGUUCUGGGCAGACUUUCUAUCCGAUGUGAUGAGACUAAAUUGGAUAGGGAACACAAGUCACUUGGAUUACUCUGUAUUAAGAUGGACGCUGGCAUACACAGUCAACAACACAAGGCCUUGGUUACUUGUGCCAACUGCAUCCUACUUCGCUAACAGAGGCAAUGGCAAGUUGAACUCGGUUCUCUUCCACACCUAUUCACCAUACAAUGUCUAUCAAGUACAGAUCAGCCUAUCCCAAACUAACCUAACCAACAACCAUUCGGAGCAUAUUGAAAUGUUCCAGACCUCCUUCCUGUCGCCACUUAUUUUUCAUCCGAAAUCAGGUCCGGUCAGUGAUAUCAUAUUCCAUCUUGGAGUUCCAAGGCAUCACAUCUCGUGUGCGCAAUGGAGCAGCAUCAGAAAAACAAGUCAUCUGAGGAACCAGGUACAGGAUGCAUUCAUCAGGACAGUGAGUCGCUUUGUGCAGACGGUCUGUGCCACUUGUCAGCUGCAAAAUAUCACACAGGGCGUGUUUGGCUGUGCGAAUGGUGAGAAUACAGCACGGCUCAGCGGUCAGUUACUCUAUCCCAAUGUAGAACAGCGGCAAAUAGAGGAUUACGUACGCCUGCUGGCUGACGGACAGUUUGCUGUGACUCUGCUAACCAGUGUUCCCCAAAGUGUAUCGAAAUACCUUGGAGCAGACUGCACGUUGCGUCACUCAUGCCAUCAGUGGAAGCUAACUGUUGACAGUGUCUGUAUUCACACCAGUCGCAGCACUGAUCCUCUCAUUGUACCGUCUGGCCACAGAAAGUACCUAUCCAGAAAGUACCUAUCUAGAACGUUUCUUGGUCUUAACACACAGCAGUGUUCUAGAUUGCCAAAAGCUCAGCAAGUUGAUGAUGUGAAGUUGUGAUGUGAAAUUUCUUGAGACAAAUAUUAGUUUGAGUGAGUAGUCAAGGCUCUUGAUGCUAUUGAGGUUGAAAUCUCUUGGCCCAUGUACAAUAAAUGUACCAGCAACUUAAGUCUUCUUUUCUCAUUUCCCUACUCCAUUCCCUCAACCUAUGAAUAUUUUCAUAAGAAGGGAGGAUUCAGGAAAUGUACACAGGAGCCGA